CUUAAAUGAUAAAUAGCAGAUAGAUUUAAGUUGAAAACAUCCAGGUUAAAAUAGGAAAUAAAAUUGCUAAAGGAAGAUAAAGCGAUGUUUAUCGAGGGGAAAUGGUAGAUGGUAGUGUUGUUGCUAUAAAAGUGCAAAAGUCAACAAGUGAAGAUGAAAAAAAGAUAUUACAAACUCUCAAAGGAAAAGCAUUUAAAUAUAUAAUAUAAGUAUUAGCUUUUGAAGAAAUAGAAGAAGAAUUAUUCAUAAUAAUGGAACUUGGAGAAAAAAUAGAUUUAAUAAGCCUUCCUGAUAAACGAAAGACAUGUUUGGAGGUAUACAACUUUUUAUAUUUUAGAUGGCAAAAGGAGUUUAAGAAUUUCAUUAAUUAGGAUAUUUUCAUCGAGAUCUAAAAUUAAUUAAUUAUGUUGUUGGAAAAGAUAAAAAAAUCAAAUUAACUGAUUUUGGAAUCGCAAAAACAAUUACAAAAGAAAGUAACAUUAUAAAUAAUGGAACAAUGAUAUAUAUGGCGCCUGAAAUGUUUGUCAAUAAAUAUUAUGAUUCCACAAUUGACAUAUGGUCAUUAGGUAUGAUCUUUUAUGAAAUUUUUAAUAAUUAACCAUUUUUUGAAUUAAAUGAAGUACAUAAAUUAAUCGAAGAAUGUAUAGGUAUAACACAAUAAUAAAUUAACAAAAAAAUAAAAGAAUCAAAAAAAAAUGUUAGUGAAGUUUGGCAAUCAAAAUUAUUGUAAAAAAUGAUUGUUCAAAGAUUAGAUAAUGAACGAAAAUUAGAUCUAUCUAGAUAAAGGAUAAGCAUUGAUGAAGUAGUUUAGGAGCUUGAAUAAUUAAAUGAUUUAGAAUAAUUUUAGUUUGAAAGGAAAGAAGAUUUAAAUGAGAUUUUAAUUUCUUUAAAAGAUAUCGAUUCCAAAGCAUUCAUUGCAAUAAUAGAAAUGCUGAGAAAUCAAAAAAGUUUGGAUAUUUUAGAAUUUCUUUCAAAGUAGGAAUAUCAAUAACAUUUAGCAUAAUUAGGAUAAUAUAACGUCAAUAAAAUAAGAAAUGCUAUAAUAAAUAUUAGUCAACACAUAUUUAAUAAAAAUGAUUAUUCACAUGAAACUUACUAAUAAAUUAGACAACAACUACAUUCUAAUAUAUCAAAAGAAGAAAAGAUCGUCGAUUUUUUGAAAUUUUUAGUUCACCUUACAGCAAUUGACAGACAAUUCAUCUAAAGUGGAUCCAAUUCACUUAACCUAUUAGUUGAAAUGAAGGCAGAUCUAAAUAAUUAGAGUUGGGAAGAAAUUAGAAUUAAGGAUACUUCUUUAAUAGGUGGAACAUUUGUAAGAUGCAACUUUAAUGGAUCAGAAUUUGAUGGUGUGGAUGUAAGUGGAAUGAAUUUAAAUGGAGCUUAGCUGUUCAAUUGUAAAUGGAGAAAGAUAAAGAUUCAUGAAUUGAGUCAAAUAGAUGGUCAUACUUAAAAGGUAUAUUCAGUUUGUUUCUCUCCUGAUGGAAAUAUUUUAACAUCUGGUAGUAGAGGAAAUUCUAUAAGUUUAUGGGAUGUUAGGACAGGAUAAUAAAAAAAUAAAUUAGAGGGUCAUACUAGCGCUGUUUACUCAGUCUGUUUCUCUCCUGAUGGUAAAACUUUAGCAUCUGGUAGUAAGGAUAAAACUAUACGCUUAUGGGAUGUUAAGACAGGAUAAUAAAAAAAUAAAUUAGAAGGUCAUACUAGCGCUGUUUACUCAGUCUGUUUCUCUCCUGAUGGUAAUACUUUAGCAUCUGGUAGUAAGGAUAAAACUAUACGUUUAUGGGAUGUUAAGACAAAAAAAUUAAUGUAUAAAUUAGAUGGUCAUAGCGAUUUUAUAAAUUCAGUCUGUUUCUCUCCUGAUGGUAGUACUUUAGCAUCUGGUAGUAAGGAUAAAACUAUUUGCUUAUGGGAUGUUAAGACAAAAAAAUUAAUGUAUAAAAUAGAUGGUCAUAGAGAUAUUGUAAACUCAGUCUGUUUCUCUCCUGAUGGAAAUACUUUAGCAUCUGGUAGUAAGGAUGAAACUAUACGCUUAUGGGAUGUUAAGACAAAAAAAUUACUACAUAAAUUAGAUCAUCAUGAUUAUGUAAACUCAGUCUGUUUCUCUCCUGAUGGAAAUACUUUAGCAUCUGGUAGCGAUGAUAAGUCUAUAGAUUUAUGGGAUGUUAAGACAGGAUAAUAAAAAAAUAAAUUCAAUGGUCAUAAUGAUCCUGUAAACUCUGUCUGUUUUUCUCCUGAUGGAAAUACUUUAGCAUCUGGUUGUAAGGCUAAUUUUUUACGCUUUUUUCACUCUGGUAAUAGGGAUAAUACUAUACGCCUAUGGGAUAUUAAGACAGGAUUAUAAAAACAUAAAUUAGAUGGUCAUCCUAACAGUGUUGACUUUGUCUGUUUCUCUCCUGAUGGAAAUACUGUAGCAUCUGGUAGUCAUGACUCUAUACGCUUAUGGGAUGUUAAAACAGGAUAAUAAAAAAUUAAAUUAGAUGUUGAUACUGUUAUCAUCAGGUCAAUCUGUUUCUUUCCUGAUGGAAAUACUUUAGCUACCGGUUUUAAUAAUUCUAUUUGUUUUUGGGAUGUUAAGACAGGAAAAUAAAAAAAAGAAUUAACUAUUCGUAGGUCUUUCGACUCCAUAUGUUUCUCUCCUGAUGGAAAUACUAUAGCUGGUGGUAAUGAUAAGUCUAUAGAAUUAUGGGAUGUUAAGACAAGAUAAUAAAAAAAUAUACUAAAUUGCCAUACCAAAACUGUUUACUCACUCUGUUUUUCUCUUGAUGGAAAUACUUUAGCAUCUAGUAGUGAUAAUUCUAUACGAUUUUGGGAUGUUAAGACAGGAUUCUUAAAAAAUAAAAUAGAUGGUCAUAUUGGUUCCAUCAGGUCAGUCUGUUUCUCUCCUGAUGGAAAUACUUUAGCAUCUGGCCAUUCGGGGCCUAUCUUAUUAUGGGAUGUUAAGACAGGAAAAUAAAAAUAUAAAUUAGAUGGUCAUACUAAUUUUUUAUAAUCAGUCUGUUUCUCUCCUGAUGGAAAUACUUUAGCAUCUGGUAGUGCUGAUAACUCUAUAGGCUUAUGGGAUGUUAAGACAGGAUAAUAAAUAAAUAAAUUAGAUGAGCAUAGUGAGACUGUUUACUCGGUCUGUUUCUCUCCUGAUGGAAAUACUUUAGCAUCUAGUAGUUAUGAUAAGUCUAUACGUUUAUGGGAUGUUAAGACAGGAUAAUAAAAAAAUAAUUUAGAUGGUCAUAGUGUUUCUGUUUAUUCAUUCUGCUUCUCUCCUGAUAGAAAUACUUUAGCAUCUGUUAAUUAGGAUAACUCCAUACUUUUAUGGGAUGUUAAGACAGGAUAAUAAAAAAAUAAAUUAUGUGGUCAUGAUAAUUAAGUAAAGUUAGUCUGUUUCUCUCCUGAUGGAAAUACUUUAGCAUCUUGUAGUGAUAACUCUAUUUGUUUGUGGGAUGUUUAAACAGGACAAUAAAAAACUAUGUUAGAUUGUCAAACUAUUGAUUCAAACACAGUCUGUUUCUCUCCUGAUCAAAAAACGUUAGCUUUCUGUGAUUAAGAUAAUACUAUUCUUCUAUGGGAUUUUUAGAUAGGACAAUAUAUAGCAAAAAUGAAUUGCUUUAUCAAGGUGAGAUCAUUAAGAUUCUCAUCUGAUGGUACUAUAUUAGCUUACUAUGUAUUAAAUUCAGACGAAGCUGAAAAUGAUAAUGAAAAUAUUGAUUAAGAUGUUAAUGCAGGUGACAAUUAUGAAUAUGGAGAUUAAGAUGUUGAUGAGAAUAAUUUUUUUUUAGUUCAUUUAAGGGAUGUUAAAACAGGAUAAUCAAUAGAACCAACAGAUAAACGUUGCAAAGAUAAUUUAGACUAAUUUCUAACUCCAUUAUCCUAACAUAAUCAAUUUGCAAAAAGUAAUUUAAAUAUAUUAUACUUAGUGAACUAGAAUCUAAAUAUACUCCAUAUAUCCUAAUAGGCCAUAUUCCAAGCAAAAGGAGCUUUAAUAUUCAAAAGCUCAUUUGUUAACCAGACAGGUAUAGAUCUGAAAACACUCUUUUAGUAAAAAGGAAGCUGUAUUUUGGAUGAUUAUUAAAAGAAUUGAUAAAUAUUAGAUCGAUCUAAGAG